GUCUUUGCAAAGGUCGCUUGUUGGAGCCAUCUCUCUCUUCCCCUUAUAAUAGUUUCAGCCCUUCCUGACCUUGAGCCUUUCCCCCCUUUUGCAAAGCACUAGGAUGCUGGACACAAGGGGACACUGCUGCUACUGCUGUUGCUGCCUUUAAGCUGGAGAAGGGCCUAAGGAAUAAUAAGGCUGGCUUUUGGCAGCUGCAACCACCACGUGUCCCUCCUCUGUCACACACAACCAAAUACAAGGAGGAGGAAGCCUAGGUGGUGGGAGCUCUGCUUUCCAGGAGGAGGAAGGUGCAGGCACCAGAGGCGACUGUGUUCCUCCUGCAACCCAGGUUGGUAGCAAUGGAGGAAAGCAGCCUGGGCCCCAUGCAGCAGAGGGCUACUGAACUGGAACACAUGGCUGAGGUUCUGCUCACAGGAGAGCAGUUACGGCUUAGACUGCAUGAAGAAAAGAUAAUUAAAGAUCGAAGGCAUCACCUGAAGACUUACCCCAACUGCUUUGUUGCCAAAGAACUGAUUGACUGGCUGAUUGAUCACAAGGAGGCCUCAGACAGAGAGACUGCAAUUAAACUUGUACAGAAAUUACUGGACCGUAGCGUCAUCCACCACGUUUGUGAUGAGCACAAGGAAUUCAAGGACCUCAAACUCUUCUAUCGCUUUAGGAAAGACGAUGGAACAUUUCCACUUGACAAUGAAGUGAAGGCAUUCAUGAGAGGCCAGAGAAUAUAUGAAAAGUUGAUGAAUACUGAAAAUGCACUUUUACAGGCCAGGGAAGAGGAAGGCAUAAAAUAUGAGCGUACAUUCAUGGCAUCUCAGCUUAUUGAUUGGUUGAUCCAGGAAGGGGAGGCCACCACAAGACUUGAAGCUGAACAACUUGGCCGUAGACUGCUAGAGCAUGGAAUUAUACAGCAUGUGUCCAACAAACACCAUUUUGUAGACAGCAACUUGCUCUACCAAUUUCGAAUGAAUUUCCGUCGGAGAAGGAGGCUGAUGGAGCUACUUGCAGAGAAGUCCCGCCAGAUGCCAGAGAGUCAUGAUAGUCCCUUUUGCCUGCGCAAGCAGAAUCAUGACAACAAAAAACACACCAGUUUCCUCUCAGUAAGUCCCACCAAGGAGAUAAAGAUAGUCUCAGCUGUGAGACGGAGUAGCAUGAGCAGCUGUGGAAGCAGCGGGUAUUUCAGCAGCAGCCCAACACUCAGCGGCAGCCCCCCUGUACUGUGCAACCCCAAAUCUGUAUUAAAGAGACCAGUGACUCCUGAUGAACUUCUAAUGCCUGGAGCUCCAUAUGCCAGGAAAACCUUCACAAUUGUAGGCGAUGCUGUUGGAUGGGGAUUUGUGGUACGUGGAAGUAAACCUUGCCAUGUCCAAGCUGUAGAUCCCAGUGGGCCAGCUGCUGCUGCAGGAAUGAAGGUCUGCCAGUUUGUGGUUUCAGUGAAUGGGCUCAAUGUUCUCCAUGCAGACUACAGGACAGUGAGCAAUCUCAUCCUGACGGGGCCUCGAACAAUUGUCAUGGAAGUGAUGGAAGAAAUAGAGCCCUAAGAAGGAUGUUCAGUACACUGGUCCCACUUUGGACGGUGGCCAUUGCACAAAUUGGAGCACUAUGAUAUAAGGGGAUGAGAGCCCCUCAAUAUGGUUUUGCCUUUUCAAGUACUUUUUUACUCCACAUUAACAAUCAUUGAUCCUUUGAGGCACUCAGAUAUUGCGUAUACCCAUGGUCAAACCCAAAGAAAAAGAUGUAGAAAGUGAUGUGCAAGUUCUACCAUGCUGCAAGUCGGUUGCAUGUCACGGAUGGGAAAGGCUAAAGUGUUCUGUGUCAGAGUUGGGUGUGAUCCCAACAGAAGAGUCAGCUUUCAUAUCAGGAAUGAUGUUUGUGCAAAUUUCCCAAUGCCAUUGUGCUUCUCCUUUGAUAGGAGCCCUGGUGGUGCCAUGGUUAAAUGCCUGUACUGCAGCCACUCACUCACAAAACAUAAGGUUGUGAGUUUGGUACCAGCCAGGGGCUCAGGCUCGACUCAGGCUUGCAUCCUCCCAAGCUUGCUAAAAUGAGUACCCAGCUUGUUGAGGGCAAUUAGCUUACACAUUGUAAACCACUUAGGGAGUGCUUAAGUGCACUUGCGGUAUAAAAAUGUACUUGCUAUUGCUAUUGAUUUGUAAUUUCAUUUCUCUGAUAAAAGACUUAGCAUAACAGACUUUCAUUUUGAGAACAGGCAGUGCUUCAGUCCAGAUAUACAAAAGUUUUUUUGUUUUCAAGGAGAGCUGCUUAUGUACACCAGACUUUAUACUAAGAGAAACUCAG